GCGUGCUGGGAGCGGGAGGGAGCUGUCACAUUUGAAGGUGAAUGAAUGGAGCUCGGUGUACACGGAGCUGAGUGCAGUGAGUGACUUGGGGAGUCCUUGCUUGAGAUCAUGCAUGAUGUGAUAAAGAAGGUAAAGAAGAAGGGGGAGUGGAAGGUGCUGGUGGUCGAUCAGCUGAGCAUGCGGAUGCUCUCCUCCUGCUGUAAGAUGACGGACAUCAUGACCGAGGGAAUAACAAUUGUGGAAGACAUCAACAAGUGCAGGGAACCACUGCCCAGCCUGGAGGCUGUGUAUCUCAUCACUCCAUCCGAGAAGUCUGUCCGUUCUCUCAUCAAUGACUUCAAGGACCCACCGACUGCUAAGUACCGGGCUGCCCACGUCUUCUUCACCGACUCGUGUCCAGAUGCCCUGUUUAACGAGCUGGUGAAAUCUCGAGCGGCCAAAGUCAUCAAAACCCUGACGGAAAUCAACAUUGCAUUUCUCCCCUACGAAUCCCAGGUGUAUUCCCUGGACUCUGCUGACUCUUUCCAGAGCUUCUAUAGUCCCCACAAGGCUCAGAUGAAGAAUCCUAUACUGGAGCGCCUGGCAGAGCAGAUCGCCACUCUGUGUGCCACCCUGAAGGAGUACCCAGCUGUGCGGUACCGGGGGUGGCUGUCACUGGGAGGAGUGAAUGCAGCGCUGUGGGAGCAUGAGGAUGGGAGUGUGAGCAAGACUCAGUCUCUGUGUCCUUCCUUCCAGGGUCCAGACAAGGCUCGCUCCCAGCUCCUGAUCCUGGACCGUGGUUUUGACCCCAGUUCCCCCGUGCUGCAUGAACUGACUUUUCAGGCCAUGAGUUACGACCUGCUGCCGAUUGAAAAUGAUGUCUACAAGUAUGAGACGAGUGGCAUUGGAGAGGCGCGGGUGAAGGAAGUGCUUCUGGAUGAGGACGACGACCUCUGGAUAACGCUGCGCCACAAGCACAUCGCAGAGGUGUCCCAGGAAGUCACCCGUUCUCUGAAAGAUUUUUCUUCUAGCAAGAGAAUGAACACUGGAGAGAAGACCACCAUGCGAGACCUAUCCCAGAUGCUGAAGAAGAUGCCCCAGUACCAGAAAGAGCUCAGCAAGUAUUCGACUCACCUGCACCUUGCCGAGGACUGCAUGAAGCAUUACCAAGGCACCGUGGACAAGCUCUGCCGGGUGGAGCAGGACCUGGCCAUGGGCACUGAUGCCGAAGGGGAGAAGAUCAAGGACCCCAUGAGAGCCAUCGUCCCCAUUCUGCUGGACGCAAAUGUCAGCACUUACGACAAAAUCCGCAUCAUCCUUCUGUACAUCUUUCUGAAGAAUGGCAUCACUGAGGAAAACCUGAACAAGCUGAUCCAGCACGCCCAGAUCCCACCGGAGGACAGUGAGAUCAUCACCAACAUGGCGCACCUCGGGGUGCCCAUCGUCACAGAUUCCACGCUGCGUCGCAGAAGCAAGCCAGAGCGGAAGGAGCGCAUCAGUGAGCAGACCUACCAGCUCUCGCGGUGGACCCCGAUAAUUAAGGACAUCAUGGAGGACACUAUUGAGGACAAACUCGAUACCAAGCACUACCCUUACAUCUCUACCCGCUCCUCUGCCUCCUUCAGCACCACCGCUGUCAGUGCCCGCUAUGGGCACUGGCAUAAGAAUAAGGCCCCGGGGGAGUACCGCAGUGGUCCCCGCCUCAUUAUUUUCAUCCUUGGGGGCGUGAGCCUGAAUGAGAUGCGUUGUGCUUAUGAGGUGACCCAGGCCAAUGGAAAGUGGGAAGUGCUAAUAGGAUCCACGCACAUUCUCACCCCACAGAAACUGCUGGACACGCUGAAGAAACUGAAUAAAACAGAUGAAGAAAUAAGCAGUUAAAAAAAUAAGCCUCCCCUCCAAACCCCGAACCCUCUUUCCCCCAGCGCUCCGCAGCCCUGCCGCUGACCGCCUUGGUUACUUUGCUGGCCCUCUCCCUCCGGGCCUCCCCAGCUCUGCACGCCUGGCCGGCGCUGCCGCCACUGCGUUCUCGUGUUCAAUGAUGCCCUCUUCUCGUUUGAAACAAAAGAAAAUAAUGCAUUGUGUUUUUUAAAAAGAGUAUCUUCUAUAUGUAUCCUAAGAGGAGAAGUUCACGUGGAAGUGGCACACUGCAGGAGAAGGUUCGGAACUGUUUAGAAUGAAUGGACACCUUCUCCCCGUUAGUCACGAUUCCGUGACCUUGUACAUAGCCCAGUGUGACAUGCGCGCAUCGCUCGAGUAUGAGAAGGUAGACGCUUGGUUGUUUUUCAAAACCCGUCUUGAGUUGUUCCUGUUCUUGUUGGGACUCACAGAGAUGUCUGCUCCAGGAGUAUUUCAAACUGAGGUUCAACCUGUGGCCUUCACUCCUCCUAACCCUCAGUGCCUGCUGUCGUUCAGAUAAGCCGGGAAGUGAAGGCCAGGCAUCAUCUCGGGAGGUCUGAGCUGGCACCGACCUCUUUGCUUUCCCCAGUGGCUCAUGCCCCUGAUGCUGUGGCUGUGGGCGGGGGCUGAGGUGUCCACCCGAAGUCAGGCUGGGUGCCAGCUGGUGUCCAGCCUGUCACAGGACCCCCCACCCCGGCCCGUGUCCACAGCACUGUGAUCCUGAGGGAAGGCAUUCUGCAGUCUUAAGUCACCGUGCCCAGACAAGUGAGGAGUGAGCUCCCACUGGGGACCCCUGUCUCUUGGAGAAGCGGGUAGGCCUGAUCCCUUUGACCAGACCCCUUCCUUCCCAGGCGUCAGCGCCAUCACCUCUUAGCAGGGGUGUCAGCAGCCUGGGUCAAGUUCAAGGGUCAGGAAUGGACUAGAACAGAAUGGGUUCUGCAGGCUGCUGGUCAGAGGGCCCCUUCCUGUAGAGAGUGUCUGUCCCCUGAGACAUCAAACAGCCGGAAGAAUAGCCCGUCGGUUUAUUCAGACCUUUUCCCACUCAGGUUAUCCUCAGUUUAAGAUACUUCGUAACACUUUAAUUUUCGUAGUGCCAGGUCAUAUGUCGUUGUGCUUGUAAGAGAAAAUGGUCAUUCUAUUCUUUGUAUCAAAACUUAGCUGUAUAACACUUAGCUCUAAAGCAAAAAUUACAGAAGCCCGUGCAGACAGGAUGUCUCGCCGUCCGCAGAUGCGGCCGUGCUCGCUCUCCGCGAGCGAGUGCACCAUUCGUCCUGCUGCUGUUGUCGGUUAAUAUAAAGACAGUGGAAGUCACAAAAACGUCCCCUGCCCAGCCCCCCACCGCCCUUUAACCCCUGCAGACCGUGUGUAUAUAACUGUCUCGUGACGUCGUUGCAAACGUGGUGUAUGCUAGUUCAAUGCGCCCCCCUUUCCUUUCGGAAUAUGUUCCUCGCCCGCCCGGUAGCUGCAUCGUGGUGUUCUCUUCCCGAGGCUCUGAAAUCUCCCCUCUGCACUCAGAUUAGUUUUCAGGUCCGUCUCCCUUCUCCCCCUUAAGAUAGCGAUCUUAUUUCCUUAGGACAGAACUGUAGGUACUUGCAUUGGUUUGUUUCUUACUGUCACGGCUUGUUUUGUCCCCUCCCCCUCGACCAAACUGCUCAUGCUUCAGGACCUUGUCUGUCGAACACGUUGGUUUUUUCUUUCUGUUAUUUAUAUAAAAAUAAUUUAUCAAAAGGAUAUUUUAAAAAAGCUAGUCUGUCUUGAAACUUGUUUACCUUGAAAUUAUCAGAAUCUCAGUGUUUAAAGGUAUUGAAGCACAAACAUGUAUCAUCUCUGUACUGUUCUGUACUAAAGCACUCGAGUCUAAUAAAUAAAUAAAUCAGCGCCCAUCACGGUGUCCA